CCCCGCCCCUCGGGCGCCUGACGCCUCCACCCGCCACCCCGCGCGGCAGCAAAGCCGGAAGUGGGUUCCCCAAACAAACGGGAGGCGCAGUCAGCUCCGUGUAAGUGGAAGCGCGGUAGCUCCGGUGACUUGCAGCCUACAGCCCGCGUAGCUCCGGUGUCCCAUAGCCACCCACCACCACCCCACCCCCGGGAGAAGCGGCAGGACCAUGUCGAACAUGGAAAAGCACCUAUUUAACCUGAAAUUUGCUGCAAAAGAGCUUAAUAGGAAUGCCAAAAAAUGUGAUAAAGAGGAGAAAGCUGAAAAGACCAAGAUUAAAAAGGCCAUUCAGAAGGGCAAUACAGAAGUUGCACGAAUACAUGCAGAAAAUGCAAUCCGACAGAAAAACCAAGCAAUUAAUUUCUUGAGAAUGAGUGCUCGAGUAGAUGCUGUGGCAGCUAGAGUUCAGACAGCUGUAACAAUGGGCAAGGUAACUAAAUCAAUGGCAGGUGUAGUUAAGUCUAUGGAUGCUACAUUGAGAAGCAUGAACCUUGAGAAGAUAUCUGCCUUAAUGGACAAAUUUGAACACCAGUUUGAAACAUUAGAUGUUCAGACACAACAAAUGGAAGAUACUAUGAGCAGCACUACAACACUAACAACUCCACAGAACCAAGUAGAUAUGCUCCUUCAAGAAAUGGCAGAUGAAGCAGGCCUUGAUCUCAACAUGGAACUCCCACAGGGUCAGACUGGUUCUGUUGGUACAAGUGUUGCUUCAGCAGAACAGGAUGAACUAUCACAGAGACUUGCCCGCCUCCGUGAUCAAGUGUAACACAAAGAACAUGAUGCUGCUGUUCACUACACUUACUUCUGAAACCUCCUGUGUGUAUAUCUGUGUGUUUGUAUUUGUCUUUGGAGAGAGAGUGUGUGUAAGUGUAUGUGUGUGUGUGUGUGUGUGUAGAUAUAUAUGGAAUGUUCAAAUACUCUUGGUAGAAUAAGAUAACUUUGGGCCUACAGUUCUUUAUAAAUAUGAUAAGAAGUUUGAGGGAGCUUACACUCUUACUUGACUUUGUAACUCUGAACAGCAUGGGUUGAAAUUGAAGGAUAUCUUUUAUAAGUGUCUUACAUUGAAACUAGAGUUUAACUCAUUAUGUUUGAAACAUCUUCAUGAAAUAUUGAAUCAGAAUUACAGUACCAUAAUACUUUAUUUCCUGUAUAGAAUUAAGUUGAAACGUUUUAAAUCCCAUCUUCUUUUUAUCUCUAUAGAACUGAGGUGAUAAUUAAAAAAAAAAAGUAGAAAUGGAAUAGGACAAGGGAAUCUCUCUCUCUCUCUCUCUCUCUCUC